GCUUUUACACGGAAAUUAAGAUGUUUGAGGGCACCUGAAAGGUCACGUGUUCAGUUUCAAUAUUACAAACGCUGACCUGUUGUCUACAGUAGCACAUUCAGAACGUCAUUAGGACACAGACGCACCGCAUAUUUCAAAGACGUCGUUUUUUAUGCGGAUUUAAAAGACUGUAAGAGUAUUUUUCCUAGAAUGGCCUCGGGCAUCCCGGAUGAGGUGAUGAUGGACGCUGCACUGAUAAAAGAAUUAGCCGAAGUUGCAAAGGACGCAGCACUUCUUCAGGGAGUAUUGAUGAGGACCAAGGAGAGUCCAAACUCAUCUGAGUUGGUGACAUAUGCUCCAUUCACUCUCUUCCCUUCGCCUGUGCCUAAGUCCGUGUUCCUUCAGGCUCUGGCGGUUCAGACCCACUUCAACACGUUGGUGGAUAAGAUCAGCCAGGAUAUGGACUUCCUGCAGGAGGCUUUAGCCAGCACAAUAGAAGUGGAUGAUUUCACUGCCAGGUUGUUCAAGAUCCACCAGCAGAUCCUAAAAGAAGGAAGAUCUCAGUCCAUCGUGUUGGGUCUUAAUCGUUCUGACUACAUGUUGGACCAGAGAGAGGACCAAACGUUUUCUCUGAAGCAGAUAGAGAUCAAUACUAUUGCUGCCAGCUUUGGUGGCCUCUCCUCACAAACCCCAGAGGUACACAGACACAUCCUGAAGGUGGCUGGGAGGCUGGAGGAGAGUCAACGAAUCCUGGACAACAACCCUGCAGCUGGUCUGGCCAGAGGACUGGCCAAAGCCUGGGAGCUGUAUGGAUCAGAGAGGGCGGUUGUCAUGUUUUUGGUGGAGGAAGUCCAGAGGAACAUCUUUGAUCACCGAUACAUUGAAAGCGAACUCUGGAAGAGAAACAUUCCCACAGUAAGAAAACGGUUUGAUGACGUCUAUAAAACAGGAUCUCUUGAUCCAGACAAGAGGCUUUUUGUGGAUGGAAAAGAGGUGGCAGUGGUGUACUUCAGGAAUGGUUACAUGCCGCAGAACUACACCAAUGAACAGUGCUGGGAUGUUCGUCUCAUGAUGGAGCGCUCUCAGGCUGUAAAAUGCCCAGACAUCAGCACUCACCUGGCAGGAACCAAGAAGGUCCAGCAGGUGUUGGCCCGACCCGGAGUUCUGGAGAGGUUCUUCCCUGAUCAGCCUCAGGCAGUGCAACAGAUGAGGGAAACAUUUGCUGGCCUCUACACUCUAGACAUGGGACCAGAAGGUGACAAAACUGUAGCAAUGGCUUUGGCAGAACCAAACCGGUUUGUUCUGAAACCUCAGCGAGAAGGAGGAGGUAACAAUAUCUAUGGUUCGGAGAUCGUCAAGGUUCUCAGGGAGGUGAGGGGGAGCACGGAGCGGACGGCAUACAUCCUGAUGGAUAAAAUUAAUCCCGCUCCCAUUCAGAACUACCUACUGAGGAGAGACUCUCCCCUCGUCAUCAGUAACUGUCUGAGUGAACUGGGAGUGUUUGGAGCCUACAUAAGGCAGGGGGCACACAUGGUGAUGAACGAGUGUGUGGGUCACCUGCUGAGGACCAAGAGCUCAGAGCAUGCCGACGGGGGGGUGGCCGCGGGCGUGGCCGUUCUGGACAAUCCUCUACUCGUCUAAAGCACACAAACAUGUCACACUGAUUCAGCCUGAGUCCACAAAAAGAGACAUCAGAUUCUAUUUCUGUGCAAGUUAGAGUUGUGUUUAAUACAUUUCUAUUUCAGAUCAUAAAAUCCUUCUAUAUAAUAUUUAAUAUCCCUCUUAAAAAGAAAACAAAACGUAUAUUCCUCGUUUUACAGAGAGCUUGUUAUCAGAAGGAAUACUGACCUCUGGUGGCAGGGGAGCCUAAUUACACUACUGGAAGAGUUGACUGAUUUAAAGUUUGAGUGGAGCUGUUCUGCUAGACUAGAGCCACUAGAAAUGUACAUUUCCGCCAAAAAACUUAAUCUCAGAAAUUCUCUAGAAAAAUCUAAAAGAUUUCUGAGUUUGAAAAGCUGGAUAAUUAGCAAGACAAAACUCAGAAAUUUUGAGAUUAUCAUAAAUUCUCUACAAAAAAGGAUAUUUUUGAGUUUCAAAGGUGGAAAAUUAUUGCCUUUUGAAUUUCAGAAAUGUUUGUUUUUUUUGUUUCUAGAAAAUUUCUGAUAUCUCAAAAUUUCUGAGUAUCAAAUUUUCAACUUUUCAAACUCAGAAAUUUCCUUAAAAAAAAAAAAAAAAAACGCUUCUUAAUGCCUGUUAUUUCUCUCGCAUAUUUUCUGUUUAGAACUUAGAGAUUUCCUUGACUUUUUUUUUUUUUUUUACCAGUUUCUGAGUUUUUUGGCACAAAUUUACUACUACUCUUUUUUUUUUUUGUCUACAUUGGCCUGAACACACCAUUGUACCCAUCAGUCUUCAGGGACACUAAACAGUAUGUUGAGUGAACAUGGUUCAUUCAACACAUUGUAGCCCUUUUGUUGGAAGUUUAAACUGCCUUGAGUUUAAUGUGCGAUUGCUUCCAAAUAUGAACAAUACUUCAAGUUGAAGGAAACUUGCUUUUUAUUCACAAAAGUCCUGUAAAAAUAUAUUACUUAUUUUGAUUUCAUAGAAAAUGGCAGAAAAGGAGGAAAGUUCCCUUAAUAAAAAGCACUUCCUGUUAGCUCAACCCUUAAGUUAUUCUUCACUGUAAAUUUUCAACAUUUUCGAUUUCUGUAGCUUUAACUGAAAUCAUUGAAGAAAAUAAUCAUGACUGGAGAAAUGUAUUAGUUGAAAGAGUGUGUUUUUUUUUCUACAUGGCAAAGGACAAUGUGAUUUAUACAGUUCAACAUUGUGUGCAAUGACAGUGAAUGACAUUAAACAAUCCACAGCUACUUUUUUAAAAUAAAUUAAAUGUUGGUUUACAA